AUGGCUACUGUUCGCCCACGCUGUACCAAAUUAAUGCCGCGAAAAAUACUGCCACAAGAAGUCUUCCCUGGCGAACGAGCGACUGAGAAACCAAAGCGUGAUCCUCCCACAAAGACACUCAUUAAAGAGUUAGUCCCAACCGAUUCGCGACAAAAGGCGACACACACAAAACUCGACAUUAUAGAUCUACGACCUUUAAUGCGUGGGUUCACCAUCGAAUGUAUAAUACUCGACGUACUGUUAUCACGCAACACAAAUUCGGGGAUGGUAUUCAGCUUUCUUGUAGCAGAUACAACGGCAGUAUGUACACUGGUUGUAUGGCAAUACGGAGAAUGUCUAAAUCCUGGUGACAUGUUACGGAUAACAAAUGGUGAGGUGAGGAUAUAUGAUGGAAAGAUGGAAAUUUGCGCAUCUAAACGAGACGGCACCAUUCGACGUUAUGAUGAAAAUGUAAUGAAAUUUGUCGAAACAGAAGAACCAAAUCUCUCAAAAUUUCUAUGGUGUGAAGCUCCGUCCAGUCCGUUAGACAUUGCUCUCAACUGGAAGAAAUUCAGCUUCCAUCCACAGCUAAAUCAAUAG